GGAUCUGAUUGAUCCGUGUGUGAUUGAUCCCCCCAGGCCURCCCCUGGACAUGCUCCGUUGUGAGAGUCUGCUGGGUCUAGACCAGGCCACCUGCAGCCGUGUCCUCAACAAGAACUACAAACUACUGGUCUCCAUGGCACCGCUCAGCAACGAGAUACGACCUAUCAGCAGCUGCACGCCUCAGCACAUUGGGCCAGCCAUCCCAGAGGUGAGCUCCAUCUGGUUCAAGCUCUACCUGUACCAUGUGACCGGCCAGGGUCCUCCCUCCCGCUGCUGUCCAAGGGCUUCCAGGCUCCGGAAACUACCGGACAUCUUCCAGGUCUAUGACAGGUUGCUGAUCACUUCCUGGGGUCACGACCCAGGUGUGGUACCUUCGUCUAACGUGCUGGCCAUGCUCAAUGACGCCCUCACACACUCCGCUGUACUCAUUCAGGGCCAUGGGGUGCAGGGUCAUGGAGAGACAGUUCACGUCCCCUUCCCGUUUGACCAGGAGGAUCUCAAAGGAGGCCCUGCUGCUGCUGAGGAGAAGGUGAUCUGGAGCACCAGUGUGGUUACAUCACCAUGCUCCACCCCAACACCAGCACCGCAGGAUGGCCAGCGAGAGCUCCGACGGG